AUGAGGUCAUUCCUCCCAUUGCUCACACUUAGCACCGUCGCGCAAGCUCUGUACUUUUACAUUGACGGCCAAGCUCCCAAGUGCUUCUACGAGGAGCUGCCCAAGGACACAUUGGUGGUGGGCCACUACACUGCCGAGGAGUACGACGACCACCGGAAAGCAUGGUGGAAGCACGAUGGAAUUAGCAUUUACAUCUCGGUAGACGAAACCUUCGACAACGACCACCGUGUCGUCUCGCAAAAGGGCAGCAGCAGCGGCCGCUUCACCUUCACUGCCGCCGAGUCGGGCGAGCACAAGCUCUGCUUCACUCCCUCGUCCAACAGCGGCAACACGGGCUGGCUUUCCACCGGUAACCUGAACGGCGGCAUCCGCCUGACGCUCGAUCUGGCCAUCGGAGAGACCUCGGCCCUUGAGAGCAGCGACAAGGACAAGCUCGAGGACAUUGCCACUCGCGUCAAGGAUCUCAACAUGCGUCUGCAGGACAUCCGGAGAGAGCAGGUCUUUCAGAGAGAACGUGAAGCCGAGUUCCGUGAUCAGUCAGAGUCCACAAACGCUCGCGUCGUGCGGUGGAUGCUCAUCCAACUCGCUGUUCUCGGCAUCACUUGCGCAUGGCAGCUGUCACAUCUCCGAUCCUUCUUCAUCAAGCAAAAGCUCACAUAG